GUUAAGACAAAAGAAUCGAAACAUUCGCAUGCAAAACAACUUAACACAUGCUAAAACGGCUUCCAUUGUAAAAUGCUUGUGGUUAACGAUUGUUAAACUUGAGCGCAAUGUAAUAUACCAUGCCGCACAACGAGAACUCCGCGUUCGACUCGAUCACAGAUCUCACUGACACGGCAACAGGUCCAUCGGAAGACAGGUACAUCGUGGAUCACUGGGCCUUUAAGUUCUUCUCUUACUUCUUUGGGGUUGCGUUUGGUAUUUUCUCGAUUUCCUGUUUUGUUUUCAUUGUUCGACAAUGCAAGCAGCCAUCAAGCAGUCGAAACAUCCACGGUCGCUUUACAACUGUCCAACUGUUUGUAGCAGCGGCUUUGAAAGAAUUCGCGCUAUUUUGGUCCCCGCUUCUGCUAGACGGCGCGCCAAUUGUAACAGUGUUAGUAACACUGCUAGUAGAUUGUGUCUCGGUAGCACUGAUUCUGUCUGCUUUCAGCAUUCUUCUUCUCAUACUGCUGGAAUCAACCAAAAUAUCAUUAGCUCCACCGAGGCUCCAAAACAUUUGGAUGUUGCUCGGGAUCACAGUGGCUAUGACUGUAAUUAUGCUCACAUUGAACUUGCUGGUGUUGUACGGCAGAGAAUUUUGGUACCUCGUAUCCUAUGUGGCAAUUCUUAGCUGGGGAAUAUUCAUCUGUGUUGGUUACCUUAUAGCAGGACACAGGAUGUGGCGAAACCUGAAGUCAUCGCGACAGCUCGGAACAUCUUUGGGAGACCGAAAGCUAAGAAACAUAACCUUUCUUGUAUUCGUAGCGCCGUGGAUCACUGCAGCAAUGCUAAUUCUCGACGUCUGCCUCGCUGCCAGCUUUUACGAAAUAAUGUCAUCAACGGAGGUCGACGAAAAGAGCAUCUGGGAGAGAUACACGAUAACAUUCUUGCUCCAGAGCUGCGAGUUUACGAUUGUGCUUCUGAUAUUCGGAGUUGUCGUAAGAACUAAGACUGGACAAGGUUCAGUUGAUAAUGCUCCAACAGUGCAGUUAGGGACAUUUACUGAUGAAGAACCAAAGACAGAGAACCAAAUCGAUGACAUCGAAUGUGGAAGUAAAAUCACCACACGAAAGUAACACAAGAAAUGGGAUCCCUGUGGGACGUCCUUACUUUCCGACACCACUUCUGUUACGAUUAAAGAAAUUAACUAUAAUAGCGAUUAGAUAGCGAAAAAAAAAAAAAAGCGAGUCGGUUGAAAAAGCCACUACGAGCAAUUGAAAAUUCUGCAGGAAGGAGCAACUACAAAACCUGCGUGACGGACACUCAGUGACAAAUCUAGAACGCAAAUUUGCUGGGACAUGAUGGGAAGAGGGAAAACGCACCUCUUUCGAACUCGCGUCAAAAAGCAAACGUUAGUUUUACUCGUGCGGUUGCUGCGCAAGAUACUAAAAAGGUCCAGCCCUACAAGGAAUUAGGAAACAACUUAUAAAACCCUAAAUCGAAAAUUAAGUAACUUCUCCUGCUACGUUUCACCUUUUAGUGUUAGCUAACAGUUUAUGUGCUCUAAAUUCUAUUGUCGAAGUCUUCCUCGUCUGAAGUUUGUUUGAACUUGUUAGAAAUUGGAAUACCGACGAUAUAAUUAAAGUCGAUUUUGAACACUCGUUAAUCUGGAAAAACAGAAAAGAACAA